CAGUCCUGUUCCUGCACUGGAAGGCUUCCCUGAUCCAAGCCCAUCUAGUCUUGUCCUGUAUUCCCCAUCCGGAUUUAAUACUGACCUACACUGGCUACAGCUUGACUCUGCGCCAAUUUCCGGUGGAACUUGGUACACUCCCCUCCCUGACUCAAAACUUCCACGUGAGCUUCUGAGUUACUGUGGAAGUUUCCCUCCCUAUGACCUGACUGGCCACUCCUUGUGUUUAUGCCUGUCCGACUGGUUGGUGUGUCUUGCUGAAGGAACACAGACUUGCAUAGGACAUUCUUUCAAUGGUUGCUGGAACUCUGAUCUUGGAGACAAACUUGCAGACUACCCAGGGUUUCUAAGCAAGACUAGAAAUGGAGCUGAGAAUAGACGUACCGGUACAAAAUGUACCAAGUCCAAAGAAAGACGUUCGGAGAGGUUCGGUUGUGAUCCACAACCCGAAUGUUGGUGAUCUGGCAGUUAUGCCUUUUGAUGGAGAAGAUCUACAUGAGAGUCCUGUGCGGCGCAGCAGUGCCCCGCCCACCCCCACUGGCCCCAUCAUGGAAGGUUCCAGCACACCUUCCAAGUUUGCGGCCCUGUUACCAAAAAGACUAAAGUCGGGCAUCAAGCGGACCAAAAGUGUGACCAAGUUGGACAGAAAAGCCAGUGUAAAAGCACCACGCACACAGGACAGAGAUGCGGUUGUGGUUACCCCAAAGCACACACGGGCGGCACACGUAGCUACCUCACUAAGUGCGUUUAUCGUGUCUCGGCUGAAGACCUCGCGCUCCCACGAGUCUCUCCUCUCCAGCCCGUCCCAUGCGGUGGAGUCGCUGGACCUCGCAGGCGAGGACGUCCAGAUCAACCCCAUCCACAGCAGCAUCCUGGGACAGGACCACUGCUUCCAGGUCACCUCCGCCAGCGGCAGCAGGUGCUUCGCCUGCAAGACAGCUGCCGAGAAGGACAGAUGGAUAGAAAACAUCAGAAAAACAGUGCAGCCCACAAGAGAAAAGUGCAGAAGAACAGACAACACUCUCAAGCUGUGGAUCAUAGAAGCCAAGGGCUUGUCUGUCAAGAAAAGAUACUUCUGUGAGCUUCUCUUGGAUGAGAUUCUGUACGCCAGAACAUCGUCCAAGCAGAAGUCAGACGUGCUGUUCUGGGGAGAACACUUCCACUUCAGUGAACUGCCUGCGGUUCAGAAUAUCACUGUCAACCUGUACAAGGAUGCUGACAAGAAGAAGAAAAAGGAGAAAACGAAUCUUAUAGGGACUGUAAAUAUUGCUGUGAACACGGUUGAUGCAAGACAGUUUGUUGAGAAAUGGUAUCCGUUGGUAGUUCCAAACAACAACAAGUCGUCCAAGACAGACUCCCCUUCCAUCCGCAUCAAGGCUCGGUUCCAGAGCACACCCAUCCUGCCUGUGGAGCUGUACAGGGACUUCAUACAGUAUAUAAAUGAUAACUACUCAACACUGUGCAAGGUGCUGGAACCUGUGGUUGGAGUCAAGAACAAGGAAGAGAUUGCGUCCACCAUGGUUCACAUCCUACAGAGUACAGGCAGGGCGCGGGAGUUUCUCACUGACAUCAUCAUGUCAGAGGUCAGCAAUCUGGCAGAUCAGAGCUUGAUAUUCCGAGGCAACACGCUUGCCACCAAAGCCAUGGAAGCAUAUCUCAAGCUAGUAGGAGGCAAGUACCUCCAAGAGACGCUAGGGGAGUUCAUUCGUGCACUGUACGAGUCUGACGAGGACUGCGAGGUGGAGCCCAGCAAGGUGGCAUCCAACGUGCUGAGUCAGCACCAGCUGGGGCUGAGGAGACACUGUGAGCUGGCCUGGUGCAAGGUUAUCAACUCAUACAUCAUCUUCCCUAGUGACUUGAAGGAGAUCUUCAGCAACUUAAGAAACAGAACGGCAGAUAAGGGUGAAGAUUUCGCCAACACUCUAAUAAGUGGUUGUAUCUUCUUGAGGUUCCUGUGUCCAGCCAUCCUGUCACCAAGUCUCUUCUUCCUUACACAAGAGUACCCCUCAGAGAAGACCAGUAGAUGUCUCACCCUGAUUGCUAAAACCAUUCAGAGUCUGGCCAACUUCACAAAGUUUGGGAACAAGGAGGAGUACAUGAGCUUCAUGAACGAGUUUGUGGAGUGUGAGAUGUUGAACAUGAGGAACUUCCUCAAGCAGAUCUCCAGCCCAGGGGUGGAAGGUCAUCAGUCAAGGUUCAACGGGUUCAUUGACCUCGGCAGGGAGCUGUCUGUGCUGCAUUCACUCAUCACAGAGUGCCUGACAAGUGUUGAUGAGACUUCUCUGGCCAAGCUGGGCAACCUUCCCAAUAUCCUUCAGGACAUCACAGCAGCCUUGAAGAACCCAACGCCUCUCAGGGAACAAGUUCGCAAGAACUACGAACGGUUCAGCUCCACUCCAAACUUCCACAUGGGCAGCGUGCCGCACAACCUGUCCCGCAUCUUUGAGGACGCCGAUCUGUCCAGUGUCGGAGAGAACCCUGCUCAGGCGACGCCACGCAUGAUCCACAAACCUCCCGCGGGGAGCGUGAUAGUGAACCCAGGGGCACAGAACAGCAGUACUGGGUCCCCCCUGUUGAACGGACGGUCGGGGUCACCCCUAGCGAGACUGCAAACUAACGAAAAUGGAGACAAAGAGGCAGGGAAAGGACCGAUUUCUAUUGGAAGUCUGUCGAGUAUCAGGUCAUCAGGCAGACGUUGCCCAAGUCCAGGGUUGUCGGGACGCUCAGGCGGUCAGUCUGGUGGUACUAUUGCGAAUGGACAUGUGACAACGGGAUCGCAAGUCGGGAAUGGCAGCAUUCCCAGACCGAACAAUCUCCCGCUGGGCCCGUUGUCUUUCUCGAACCCAGUGUAUCAGUACCCGACCAGCCCGGUACAAAAGCAGGCCACCCCUACUAGCAUGGACUAUACGUCAAGUGACAGUCUGAGCUCUGUGAACAGCUCGAUUCACAGCUCUAAUGUCAGCAGUAAUGAUGAGGACAGCAGCGACGCUAGCACGCCUGUCAACUCUAUCAAAAUGUUGCAUAACCGGACGGGCUCACCCCAGUCCAGAAGCAGACUGAAGGGCCCAGGUAACCCCAAACACGACUUCCUCGCCAGAAACGACCACAGUCGGAGAAUGGAGGAGUUGGCACAGAGACUGCACGAACAGAGACCCCGUGCCAACUUCAGCCCCAGAACUCAGCGGUCGCAAAAGGCGAGUAACUCCCCGCUAGUGGAGAAAAGAGACCUCACCGUUUCUCCGCCACCUUUACCUCCACCAAUAAAGGAGUCUUCGAUGGAGUUUUCAUCUGCAAAGGAAAGUAGUGUAUCGUCUGGGGCAAGUAGGAAGGACUUUGGUGGGUAUGCUUCCUCCUCCACACCCUCCAGCCCCAUGAAUGACCUGACAUCACCUUCCUGUGUGACCACUCCCUCACCUUUAUCCCCGUCGUCUGGCCGACCCUCCCCGCUACUUGCCACAGUCGAAUCUCGUGUCCUCCCAUCUCUCCAUCAGUCAGCCAUGGUGAGAGUGUCGCAUGGACCGCCUCACGAAAGAACUGUGCACGAGUAUGCCAUGAGGCAGUCCCCGUCAGAACAGUCGCUGUCCCGAAGCGACUCCAGCCGUGGACCUGCUUCGACGAACCCAGCGGCCCCCACACCGCCACCGCGGGCGGAGUCGCUCUCUGCCUUCGGCAUGACGAGGGUGGAGUCCAGAAAAGCGACGCACUCACCCGUACCCAGACUCACCCCCACUCCAGCGCCACGGGCCCUGCCGUCCGCAGACAAGGAGGCUUCUGGGAAAGCUGAUGAACAGCAUGAUGCAGAGAUCGCUCAGCUGAAGAUGAGACUCCUAGCAGCUGAGGCGCAAACUGCAGAAGUAGAGAGGCGAAGAGAGGAGGAUAAGGAGAAGUAUGAACGGGAUCUGGCAGCAUGGAAGAAAAAAAUGGAGGAGGGAGAGGAAAGACUGAAAGGACAACAGGAAGAAAAGGAUGCACAGAUGAAGAACAUCAUUACACGGUUAAUGUCAGUAGAAGAAGAACUGCGGAAGGAACACCAGGAGAUGCAGCACCUGGUCGACGCCAAGCAGCGCGUCAUCGAGGCGCAGGAGAAGCGAAUCCAGUCGCUGGACGCGGCCAACGCCCGACUGCUCACCGCCCUGAACCAGCUGAAGGAGAAGUACCACCACCACGUGAAGAACGCUGCCAACAACACCAAGCCAUCCGCCAAGCUGUCCGUCACCGAGAACGGCGAGUUCAAGAACAGUAGCUGCUAACCUGUACUGGAUGUUUGUCAUAUGUGGUAUCUGGAGGAUUUACCGGUAGUUAGUUUUGAAAAACAAAAAUUGCUUUGCAGGAAUGGAAAGUAUGCAUGAUUAAUUUAUGGAUGAUUGUAGAGGUUUGGUUGAUUCUGUUGCAGGAACAGGGAUUUGAAAGCGCAAUAUUGCCAGUAGAAUGAUAUAAAAAAUUGAACAGUUUGUUCUCGUAUUAUUAUAUUGGAAUGAGGUUUUGGAAAGUCCAUGGAGGACAAAGCUUUGCGAAGAAAGCUGUCAGGAAUAUUUCCCAAUCAUUAUGUAUUUUGCUAUUGUCAGUGAAACAAGGAAAAAGCCAUUUCUGUUGAAUGACGAAUCAUUGUGCUGAUGAAAAGCGAUCAGUUGUUAUCACAUGUGCAUGUACAUCAUGACCAAUAGUUACCUUACAGUGGAGUUGGUUGAAAACAGUAUAAAUUGAGGAAAAGUUCCCAUAUUAUUUGUUGUGGCUUGUCAAAUGUGAUGCACAAGUACUAGUAAUCUCAAAAUGCAUUCUCUAUAUCUCUGUUUAACCAGGAAGGAGAUUUCAACAUAAGACGUUGUCUUUGUCUUCUCCUGCAAAUAUAUGAUCCCAACCAGAUGACUUGCGCUACAUUAGUGUGAGAUACUGACUACAUUUGUACAGUAGUUUUCUAGACGUACAAACUGGUGCUAGCUCUGCUAAAAUCAUUUUCUGUUCUUCCUUUUGUGUUCCUUUGCAAGUGCAGAAAGUCUCAGCACCUCUUCUGCACAUUGGCUGUAUUUUCUGUUGCAAUUUUGUGUUGGUUUUGUUUCCUUGUGCUGUGAUUAUUGCUUUUGAGGAUAAACUGAAAGUGCAGACUCAUCAUAAAGGCUACUGUAUGGAGGUGAAACCCUUUGUUAAAUCCUAAGACUUCCCCCUCCUUUGUUUAUUUGUAAAUGAAAAGAUGUAUAUAUACUACUUAAUGAAAUUAUGUCUGCUAAUGGAUUGUUUGCCCACAUGACAGAUUGAGUCUGUGGAAGUUGAUAUAACAAUAGACAAAAAGAUAUCUGUGUACAGUAGAUUGUUUGUGGAGUAUCAUUUUGCUGAGAACAGUGUUUUUUAGAGAAAGGAUCUGUACAUAGUAAAUGUGCCUUUCCCCUAUGCAGUGUAUACCUGAAAUUUUGUUUCUAGCGGCAUUGUGUCGAACAUUAGAAUCACUGCUUAUUUUCAGCAAUUUAUCCGAUAUGGUCACAUUUGUGUUCCCAGCCAUCCUUGCUUGAUAGUUAUAGUUUUUUUCCUUGUCAGAAAAAAAAGAUAGCAAUGGUAAGAAUUGAUGCAGAAAAAAAUUGAUACCAAGAUGACAUAAUUGCCACUAUAGAACAUGCUAGCCCUGUUUAAUCAAAAUAUUACUCUGUAUCCUAGUUUUAUGCCCAUAGUGCAUUGGUAAAACUACUACUAGCACUGAGUAAUACCAAACAGGCCCAUGUAUUCAAAAUAUUGAACUAACUGAUGAGUCGGAUGACAAUGGUUACCAACAUAUUAAGUCAACGAUCAAGACAACAAUAAUGUAAGAAAGUGUGUGGUAUUAUUGAAGAUUUGUACAAAAUGAUUUACUGUGGAAAAGAAGCCACACUGCUGGUUUUGUUGUUGUAUUAUUAGGGCACUGCCAUUUUGUUAUGUUACCCUGACCAAUGCAAAUUGCAUUGAAUCGUGUCUUGCUUGUGUACAGUUUAAAUUAUCAUCACAUGAUGUCCUACCAUGGAAUAAAUGACUCAAACA